AAUGAAGUGUUGUUUUGUUAGCCUUUUGGCGUUUGUGUUUUGCGUGAAUUUCGCUCAGGCAGCUUAUAAGCUGCAAGAACGUUACAGUUGGAAUCAAUUGGAUUUUGCUUUCCCCAAUGAACAAUUGAAACAACAGGCCAUUGCCAGUGGUGAUUAUAUACCUCAAAAUGGUUUACCCGUUGGUGUGGAGCAUUGGGGCAAUCGUUUGUUUGUGACUGUUCCCAGAUGGAGAGAUGGUAUACCAGCCACAUUGACUUACAUCAAUAUGGAUCACAGUGUUACCGGUUCUCCUGCCUUAAUACCGUACCCCGAUUGGCGCAGUAAUACAGCUGGUGAUUGUGCCAAUAGUAUAACGACAGCAUAUCGUAUCCAGGCCGAUGAAUGUGGUCGUCUCUGGGUUUUGGAUACUGGUACUGUGGGCAUUGGUAAUACCACCACCAAUCCUUGUCCCUAUGCUGUCAAUGUAUUUGAUUUGCAAACAAAUACACGUAUACGUCGCUAUGAGUUGAAAACCGAUGAUACAAAUGCCAAUUCGUUUAUUGCCAACAUUGCUGUAGAUAUUGGAAAAUCUUGUGAUGAUGCAUUUGCCUAUUUCUCCGAUGAAUUGGGUUAUGGUUUGAUCUCGUACUCGUGGGAACAAAACAAAUCAUGGCGCUUCUCAGCUCACUCCUUCUUCUUCCCCGAUCCCUUGAGAGGUGAUUACAAUAUUGCUGGUUUGAAUUUCCAAUGGGGUGAAGAGGGUAUCUUUGGCAUGGCUUUGUCUCCCUUACGAUCAGAUGGUUUCCGUACCAUGUACUUUAGUCCUUUGGCUAGUCAUAGACAAUUUGCCGUAUCCACACGUAUUCUUAGAGAUGAAACGAGAGUAGAAGACAGUUUCCAUGAUUUCAUUGCCUUAGAUGAACGUGGUCCUAAUGCUCAUACCACUUCUCAUGUCAUGAGCGAUGAUGGCAUUGAAUUGUUUAAUUUAAUCGAUCAAAAUGCUGUUGGCUGCUGGCAUUCAUCCAUGCCCUAUUCACCUCAAUUCCAUGGCAUUGUAGAUCGCGACGAUGUGGGUUUGGUGUUCCCUGCUGAUGUUAUAAUUGAUGAAAAUAAACAUGUUUGGGUGCUGUCCGAUCGUAUGCCUGUCUUCCUGUUAGCCGAGCUAGACUACAAUGAUGUCAACUUCCGUAUAUUUACAGCUCCCCUUAGUACUCUUAUCGAAGGUACAGUCUGCGAUCAACGUAGUGCUGUAUAUGGUCCUUCCAAUGCUGUAUCCACACCCAAACAGAAUCCCAUUUAUAACAAACACUAUCUAACACCAUUGCCCCAAAAACCCAUACACGGCACAAUUAUACAACACGUUGCUCAUCCCUCUCCCAGUUAUCUGCCAUCAUAUGCCAGUCAAAAGGUUGAUGUUCCUAAAACCUUUGUUUACAAUCAACAAAAUGGUUUAACCUAUGAAGCAUCCAAUGGUCCCCAUCUUUUUCCUCCCAUACAGCUAACAUCACAGUCGGCACAACCUGAUGGCUUGAAAAAUUAUGUCACAGCCCGCAGCUCCAAUUGGUGGCGUCAUCACCAUCACUAGUAAUCAUUAUCAUCUCAUUAUCAACAUCAAAAAUCAGAAAUAAUUUAAAAAAUAUGGCAUAUUGUGUUAAAAUAAAUAAAUGUUAGUAUAUUGUAUUUGUAAUUCUAAUUGUAAAAUGAAAUCGGUUUACAAAUUAUUAUUAUUGAUUUCAAUUUUACACUUGUCUUGUGGAUUUUCAGCCAAAGUUGUACACCACAAUUUUUACAUCCUUAAAUAUUAUCCCUUGUAUUUUUAUAAAGUAUUAUUUUUGUUUCUUUAAAAAAUCUAUUUAUGCAGCACUUUCCAUUGCAUAUUCAUUGUUUACAUAAAAUUAUAUAUUUUCUUUAUUUUAAACAUUUAGUAAAAUCGAUUUUUUUUUAUUUUUAAUUUAAAUAAAAAAAGAACCAAUUGUGAAAUAAAGCUAAAAUAAUAAAUAUUAAAAAAGAAA